GGCCCAACAUGGCGAUGCACAACAAGGCAGCGCCACCGCAGAUCCCGGACACCCGGCGGGAGCUGGCGGAGCUCGUGAAGCGGAAGCAGGAGCUGGCGGAAACGCUGGCAAACUUGGAGAGACAGAUCUAUGCUUUCGAAGGAAGCUACCUAGAAGACACCCAGAUGAAUGGCAAUAUCAUUCGUGGCUGGGAUAGGUAUCUGACCAACCAAAAAAACUCCAAUAGCAAAAACGAUCGAAGGAACCGGAAGUUUAAGGAAGCUGAGCGGCUCUUCAGUAAAUCUUCAGUUACGUCAGCAGCUGCAGUAAGUGCAUUGGCAGGAGUUCAGGACCAGCUCAUUGAAAAGAGAUUGAUCUGAAGUUAAACAAAAAACCACGAGCUGACUAUUAGAAGACGCAUUAAUGCAGCAGCUUCCAGGCUGUAGAGCCCUGCUUCCCUCCUCCGGCCUCACAAAGAUAAACAUCCCUUGCCUGAGAGGUGGCCAUCCACCUCUGCUUUCCCAGACCUGGUGCCUGUGACUCUGAGUCGCUUGUUCUGAAAUGUGGUGACAAGUCAUUUCUGUAAGACCACAUCGGAUCAUUUACUUUGUGUCAUUCUUAGUAACAGAACUGCAGGAAGACCAAGACCUGGUUGUAAUCCCAGCAAGUUGCUAACUGAAUCCCUUCUUGGAACGAAUAUCUCUCCCUAACCUGGCCGGCACCAGCUUCAUCUGUGAGAGCCACUGAGAAAUGGCCUGUGCUUUUAUUUUACGCUGAAAGUAGAGCACUGAUCACAUUUCAUGGGAGGCUGUAAAUACCUGUCAUUUUCUUAUUUUGUUUGUGUUUCAUUAUUUUUCUAUUGUUGUUUUUACCAUCUUAUUUCUUUUGGGGCUUUUUGUAAUGACUUUGUACAGCUCAUACCUUCCGGCUGGCAUAUCUAAUAAUCUGUUUCACGGAGUUGCCAAUGUUCUUAAACUGAAAGUGACCUGGUUUACCAUAAACAAAAUGGGGAACUUGGCUCUUCGGUUUUUCACAGGGGAAAGUUAAAGAGUGUUUAUUUAAUAAUUACUUAUCUUAACUCUUUCUGAGUUGGGAGUAGUUUCAUGUUCAAGGAAUAGGAAAAGCUGAAAAACAUAAGUUUAAAUCAGUCCUUUUAAAAAUAUUUUUAUUCUUUUUGUAUAAAUAAAAAUCCACAGGAUUUGACUUCUCAUGCUUUACUUUUAAACUUGAGAUUUUUUUUCACUUAUUUAUUCAUAUCAUGCCUUAUGGAAAUUUCUUUUUCCACCUUUUCUCUCUUUGCUGGUAUUUGUCUGAUUAAAUAGUGCUUGAAAAAUCACUAAGGCAUAUGAAAAGGCUCAAAAUUGUACUCAAAGCUGAUACCACACAGAGUUCUUGAGCAGAGUGAGAGAUAGGAUCAACAAAAGCCAGUAUCGCCCAACAGAUCCCCCUUCUCAGGGGGGUGAUGAGCCCAGGAACUUGCUGAUCAUCGUUACUGGUCGUUGUUGCCCGUGGAGCAGUUGUGAUCUACCUUGGCUGCACAUUGGAAUCACCUGGGAAGCUUAAAAAAAUACUCAUUCCUGGGUCUCACCCCAGAGAUUCUGGGCCAGGGUACAGUCUGGAAUGGGGAUCUCUCUUCUGAGAGUCCCUGGGUUCUGAUAGGAAGCCAAUUAAGAACCACUGUGUUAGACGGGAUGAUGCGACUUAAAUCCUGUGUUGUGAAUCAGUCUAAGCAGGGAUGAGACUUGGGGGCCUCCCCUUCCCUUGGACUGUAUUUAGUCAUAGUCCUUUACUUAUGCCUAUAUCUUUGUUAGAAAAAAUAUGUUCCAUUUGUGAUCAUAUUGGUAGAGCUGAAUGUGGGUGAUGCUGAUUAUCAGAACAAUUCUACUUUGUCGGAUGUACAAAAGCUUUCACUCUUGUUCUCAAUAAACCUUUCUUUCCUUUUUUUUUUUUUUUUUUUUUGACCCUGUGGCUAUUUAGAUGUCUUUGGCUAUGUCUUUGGUAGCAGAACUCUAAUGUCAGGGUAUUUAAGGAAAUAGUUUCUUAUAUGUAGAUUGUUCCUUUAAAAAAAAAAAAGAAAAACUAAAAA